GGGAAGAACGCUCUGUCGUAGUUCGAGGGCUAGGCUAGCUGUCUGGAGCAUUUGAGAUGUUUAUGUACUGUGUUAUAAAUCAAGAGGGAAUUCGCUUCGAACUUUCUAGAUCUCAAGGGGAAGCUAAAUAAUGGGAAGGAGCGCGAGCUGCUCAUGUACCUGUCCCGCUUGUGCAUCUGAAGAGGAUCUGAAGUUAGCCUGUUAGCCUGCGCGCGACCCUCCUGCAGCUGUAUAAAUACCGACCCCAAAAUGGUGUUCUUGUUAAACCCUCUGGAGAAUCUAAAGACCUACAUAAGUAGCCGUCCACCACUGGUCAUAUUUAUGGUCAGUGUAAGCGCUGUGGCUAUAACAUUCCUAACGGUGGGAUAUUUUUUCAAGAUCAAGGAAAUUAAAUCGCCUGAAAUGACUGAGGACUGGAAUACAUUUCUGUUACGUUUUAACGAGCUGGACUUCUGCAUCUCGGAAAACGAGACCCUUAAGCACGGCCUGAAUGAGUCGACGACACCAGAAAGCACAGUGACGAGCAGCCAAUCACGGACCAGCACUCAAGCCCCGUUGCUGUUGGAGGAUCCAGGUCUUAUUAACAUCUCCGUGACUAUCACGCUCACCCUGGAUCCUUUAAAACCAUUUGGUGGUUACUCGCGCAACAUCACCCACCUGUACUCGACUGUGAUGGGCCAUCAGGUUGGCCUGGCUGGCAGGGAAGCUCACGAAGAGAUGAACAUUACUUUCACUCUGCCUGCGUCCUGGAACUCGGAUGACUGCGUUCUACACGGACGCUGCGAGCAGGUGGUCUUCAGCACCUGCAUGACCAUCACCGCAGCCAGUAACGUCUUCCCGGUUACAGUGCAGCCACCUCACUGUGUUCCUGAGACGUACAGCAACGCAACAUCCUGGUAUAAGAUCUUCACCACAGCACGGGACUCAGACACCAAAUACACCCAGGACUACAAUCCUUUCUGGUGUUACAAAGGUGCCAUUGGAAAGGUGUAUCACACCCUGAACCCUAAACUCACGGUCAUUGUACCAGAAGAUGACCGCUCUCUCAUCAACCUUCACCUAAUGCACACCAGUUACUUCCUGUUUGUGAUGGUAAUUACAAUGUUCUGCUAUGCAGUCAUUAAGGGUAGACCCGGCAAAGUAAGACAGAGCAACCCGGAUUUCUGUCCAGAAAAGGUGGCCUUGUCAGAAGGAUAAGAAUGAUCAGAGGUGAAUAUAGGGACUGAACCUGUUCAGCAUCAGACUUGAGAAUAUGGAACAAAAAAACAACAAACAACAAAACAAAACUUGUCACCCUUUGAACCCAAAAGGAAGGUGACAACAAACUGUGAUGCGAAUAUCUGCAAUGUUGGGUCACUCCAACCAAAGACUUUCAAGUGCCUGUGUCUACUGUGUAAAUGCUUGUAGGACCCUUAUUUUUAAGUACAGAAGCACUUUGCCUAUACCCUCCCCCCCCCCAUGUGCCACAAAUGUGAGAAAUAGAGCGACAGCACUUAUCGUUCAAACCUCAUGUUUGUUUGUUUUUUCUUCUUUUCAGCACCUUUUUUGUUGCUCACACACAAUACUUAUAUGCUUGCUUAUUUUGAUGAUUUUUUUUUUUAAGCUGAAAUGUCUGAUAAAUUAGUGUCUAGAGAAUGGCCUGAAAAGCCAUCAAAUUGCUAUGUGAUUUAUUUAUUAGUUUUUUUUUAAAACACGUUUAAAGUGUGUAUAAAUGAUAUAUCCAGAUGCCAGUAGGUGCAAGAGUUACUUAAUAACGGAGAAAGACUGCAAGACCAGAGAGACAGACGGCUCAUCUUUUUUUUUGGGGGGGGGGAUUUGACCGAACGAUGCUCACUAAAAUGGAAACAGCCGCUGUUCAUGGAUCUUUUCGAUUGUGACUGAUUCAUCAUGUCCCCGUAGAUUUUUCACGUACAGGUAGAAGGAAUGACUGAAUGUACAGCGCUCGAGAAAAUCUACAUUCUUAGUUAAAAUGUGAUGUAAAAGAAAAUUACUUCAUUUGAUCACACGCUAUCUCUUACCUCAAAUUUGUUUUAUUUUAUUCAGAAACAAAACAUUUUUCAUUCAUUCCUGUUGUCAGUUUUGCAUUACGUGUCCUCUUCGUCCUUAAUGUUGUCUAAUUAAACAUAUAAAAUAAGAUAAUUCUUCAACUCACAGUCCACUUUGCGUUCACAUUCGACAGUGCAAUAAUUUAAUCAUCUUUUUAGAUACAGGACAUAUAACAUGUAUGGUGAUUUCUGCAGCUUUUAACUCUGAUUUUCUCAUCACCUUCUCUCACAGUAGAUUGCCUUAAUGUGCUUUUCUUUUUCCUCAAUCCUGUGUUAAUUUUCAUUGUCUUUACAGAGCGCCAUUGUCAGCGAAAACCCAACAACAAGGGUGGCAAAGCUGAUAACACAACAACAAAUUGUGAACAUAUCAGCACUUAUUGUGCUGAGGAAAUAAGUAAGGGAAAAAUCUGAACCGGGAAAGAACCUACAGAUGUGUUUAAUUUUAAUCGUAGGCGUUCAUAUUGUAUACAUUUUUUUCCAUAAUAUUUGCUAGAUUGGAAAACGAUUUUAAAAAGCCCAAAUUUAUCUUCUUAAUCAUGAUAUGCAUACUUUGUAAUGUAUCAUGUAAGGAAUCGUUUUAAGUUUACACAGAAGAGUUUCUGAUCUCGACAUUACUGUGGACUAGGAGUGUUCAAGUCAAACCAGGACUUUUAAGAAUAACAGAACACAAUUAUGAGAGUAAAAACUCGUAACAAACAAAAAAUAAUUUAAAAAAAUCUACUAAAUAAACCCCUGCCACACUAAUGCACAAUAGUGCUUGGAAUCCAUCCAGGUAAAAAGAUUUGAUUGAGCCAUAAUUGGACUACCUGCUUCACAUCUUAAACGCUGGCCUCCCAGGAACUCCUUUAAUAACCAAAACAUGGGGAAAUGGUGUGGAGUGAGGUCAGGACUGUACAGGGAAUGUGCAAUAACUCUCACUCAAGUUCCUAUAAUGUGCCAGUGGUGUUUUAAGGUGAUUGUGUGCAGCAGUUCCAAAGUUCCAGUUCUUUGGAACUGUUAUCAAUCAGUUACAAGUUAUCCAUCAAUUUUUCUUCCCCCCUCCAAGGUUCAGGGAUUCCACUCACUGAAUGUUCAUGGGAACAACUGUGAGCUGAGAGUCGCCUCGUCCGGGAUCGUCAUUCACGGACGUAUUGUCUUCUUUACAGUAUUUGCACCAUUUAGAUGUUUUACUGCAGCUAAAUGCCACUUUCUUUUAAGUCCUGGUUUGACUUGAACCCCCUUCAUAUAUUUGCUCAUCCAGGAAAAACACCCAUGUUUGUUUCGUAUCAUUCUAGCCAUUCGCCAACAUGUGCUGUCGAAACCACUAACGUGCCUUUGCACUAAUCAUUCAUGUAAAUAGCACGUCCAUUUAAAACACAAUUUAACUUUGCAACAUUUUGGUAAAUUGUCUUCAUAAAUAAGUAGCAGGUGUGUUUUUUUUUCCAUUCCCUGAAACACCAGUUAAGCAGUUUAGUUCUGAUUGAUUAAGCUAGACUACAGAUGUGUUUCUGAAAAGCAAUACUUCAUAUUCAAGGUGUAUCACUUUGUGUUGCUUAUGUAAAUCCAUUACUUAUAAAGAAAAUGUGAAAAUGUUUUUUUUUUAAUUAUUAUUAUUAUUUGAAUCAUUUUAAUGCUAAUGUUGUUUUGGGAGACCUGCAGGAAACAAACUGGAUCAAAUUAUAAAGAUUUUGUUGGAUAUAUUCUUAAAGUAAUGGAAAUGUAGUAUUUUUAUGUUUUUUUUUUUUUGGAUCAUAUUGAUCUGUCCCCUCUGUCUCUUUUUAACAAAAUGUGUUCAUGACACAGUUCUCUUAAUUUCAGUUCUAUCUAUCUGCCAUGGCGAUCCUUUCACGUGUCUUAAUGCAUGAUUGUAAAUGUCCUACCUGCUGAACAGUCCCUUAGAAGACAAUGCCAUUGUUUCUGUGCUGUUUGUAAAUGACUCUAGGCCCAUGCUUCGCUAAAUAAAAAUCAACCAGAGAAUCGAGUGCUUA